UAAAAGAUAGAAGGUUAUCCAUAAACCCAACACAGAGGAAAAGCCGAGGGUUGGUGAGUGUUUGUGAACGAAAAGAGACGCAGAAGACGUGAUAUUUUUCUUUCUGGAUAAAUCAUAAUCAUGCCACAUGAGGAAACGAUUAAGAAAAUGCUGCCUAAGACGUAUCUUCGCAAACAUGUGGCCAGUGAAAUAAGCAUGGUGCUGACUCACUUCAAAAACCUUGUGCCCAUGAUGGAUAGAUACGUUUACAACGAUGGAGCCACAAAGGACUUGAUGAGUCUAACUGGAACCAUUCCUGUCAUGUAUAGUGACAAGACCUACAACAUCCCUGUGUGCCUGUGGAUUGAGGAGACCUACCCCCAAACUGCUCCCAUCUGCUACGUCACACCUACACGUGAGAUGAUGAUCAUCAGUGGGAAGUUCAUCUCCAAGAAUGGUGAAGUUAUGCUGCCGUACCUGGAGGAAUGGAAUGGUGAAUGUGACCUAACUGGCCUACUGCAGGUGAUGGUUGCCAUGUUUGGAGACUUCCCUCCAGUAUGUAUGCAGCCUCAUCCAGAGCCUGAACAAGCUCCUUGUUGGCUACAGUUCCAGAGAAAUGCAGAGGUGCUUUCAAAGACAGAUGGAAGUUUGUAUCUGCAUAUAUCCACAGAGGAUGGUCUACCUUUUCAGCGAGAACAUGAAACCAACUGUUAGUAUUUUGUGGGAUUAGACAAGGAUAUUUUACUGUGUGUGUAGUGCCUGUGAUGAAGUGGUAAUCCUGUAUACAGUGUUAGAUGGUAUCCAUUUAUUAUGUUAUGUUACUUUGUUGACAAUUUCAGAAAAAAUAGCAUGUUGCUUUCUAUUCUUCAAAUGAUUUAGAGUGCAAAUAUCAAGCAGCACCUGAUGAAAACACAUUGACUGUUGGGUGUGUAUGUACUGACGUCAUUUUAAUAUGCUUUUGUAAUUUGGCAUUUGAAUGCCUGUGUGUAAAAGGCUCCCAUUGCUUUACAAGUGGCUCAUAAAACUGUACCUUGACCUCAACCAAAA